AUGGAAACGGAGAGCGGGAUUUCAUCCAGAAAAUGGCGCUUCAAAGGGAAUGAAAUAUCCAUGAGGUCUUCAGCGCUGACUGUGAGGAGUGCACUGAAUAUGUUGAUGGGAAAUUUGGACCCAAAUGACCAGAGGCCCUCAAUUCAAUUAGGCCAUGGUGACCCUUCUGCUUUCCCAUCUUUUAGGACUGCUCCUGAAGCUGAAAUUGCAAUUUGUGAUGCCCUUUUAUCUGCUGAGUACAAUGGUUACUCCCCUAAUAUUGGUCGUCUCCAUGCUAGAAAGGCUGUAGCAGAGCACCUCUCACAUGAUCUGCCAUACAAGUUAUCACCAGAUGAUGUAUUUUUAACUAGUGGAUGUACUCAUGCAAUUGAAAUAAUUCUAGAUGUACUUGCUUGUCCUAGUGCCAACAUUCUACUUCCAAAACCUUGUUAUCCUUAUUAUGAGGCUCGAGCAAUAGCCAGCAAUAUCCAAUUCCGUUACUUUGAUCUACUUCCUGAAAGAGACUGGGAAGUUGAUCUUGGUGCGGUUGAAGCUCUAGCCGAUCAAACUACUGUUGCAAUGAUCAUUACAAAUCCUGGAAAUCCUUGUGGAAAUGUCUAUAAGUUUGAACAUUUGAAAAAGGUUGCUGAAACAGCCAGAAAGCUUGGGAUCUUAGUUAUAUCAGAUGAAGUGUAUUAUCAUCUCACUUUCGGAAGUAACCCUUUUGUGCCAAUGGGAGUUUUUGGAUCAAUUGCUCCAGUUAUUACACUUGGAUCCAUAUCAAAAAGGUGGGUGGUUCCUGGCUGGCGGCUAGGUUGGAUAGUCACAAAUGACCCCAACAAUCUUCUCAAGAAAUAUGGGAUUGUUGAUUCUAUCAUUGGGUUUCUCAAUGUUUCUGCUGAACCUACUUCUUUCAUACAGGGUGCUUUAACCCAAAUCUUUGAGAAGACUAAAGUGGACUUCUUUACAAAGAUUAAUGAUUUGCUUAGAGAAAAUGCAGAUUUUUGCUUCAGCAAAAUAAAAGAAAUCCCUGGCAUGACUUGUCCAAGCAAGCCUGAAGGUGCUUUGUUUGCAAUGGUGAGACUGAAUUUGUCCGUCCUGGAAAACAUUGAAGAUGACGUGGACUUCUGCCUCAAGCUGGCAAAGGAGGAAUCUGUGAUAGUUCUGCCUGGAGCUACUUUAGGAGUCAAGAAUUGGAUUCGUGUAACUUUUGCCAUUGAACCGUCAUCUCUCCAUGAUGGAAUCAACAGGAUCAAGGUUUUCUGCGAGAACCAUUCCAAGAAAUAA